GCUCCGCCCCGUCUGGCCUAACCCGGCCUGCCCGAGUCCCGCAAGUUCUGCAGGCUGGCCAGUGGGUCGACCCCAGCCCCACGUCCUGCUACCCACCUGCGAAGGAUCCGGGGAUGGGCAAGCGUUCGUUCUCCAGCCCACUCCGGAGUCAGCUUUGGGUUUCAACGAGGCUGGGUGACGCUCCAGAAUGGGAGACAAGCCAAUUUGGGAGCAGAUUGGAUCCAGCUUCAUUCAACAUUACUACCAGUUAUUUGAUAACGACAGAACCCAACUAGGUGCAAUUUACAUUGACGCAUCAUGCCUUACGUGGGAAGGACAGCAAUUCCAGGGGAAAGCUGCCAUUGUGGAGAAGUUGUCUAGCCUUCCGUUCCAGAAAAUCCAGCACAGCAUCACGGCACAGGACCACCAGCCCACGCCAGAUAGCUGCAUCCUCAGCAUGGUUGUGGGCCAGCUUAAGGCCGAUGAAGACCCCAUCAUGGGGUUCCACCAGAUGUUCCUAUUGAAGAACAUCAACGAUGCUUGGGUUUGCACCAAUGACAUGUUCAGGCUUGCCCUGCACAACUUCGGCUGACCUCCUCCCAGCCAGGCACUCAUGCUGUUUCCUCCUCCCUCCUCUUCCAGAUACUAUUCACACUCCUCCAGAUGCUCCAAAUAUCAUACACAAAUGAGCAGGACCGAGGUGGGAGUGGGCGCAGUGCGCUGCUGCUACCUAGGUAUUGUGCAUGAUGUUUGGACGCUAGACUAGUUACAUCUGACAGGAGAAGUUUGUGUUGUACCAGCGCAUGCCUUGGAAAGACUUAAGUAAUGCAAAAGGUUGUCUUUUUUUUUUUUUUUUUUAAAUCUACUAACAAGUUGCUCUAGUAACCCAAAGAAGUGAAGGAGAAAGCAGCUGCCUCACCGUCCAGAUAUUGAUUUGUUCAGAUGUUUCAAUGCCUCAUGAUACAAUAAAACCACAAAAAUUUUCUUAACAGUUCAAAUUGUUUUAAUUAGUUUAAUAGUUGGCUGGGCAUCUAUAACUACCCUGCCCCAUUGGCUGUCUCAUGUCUCACUCUCACGUCUCUACCCCAACUUAGCAAUACCUACUGCAAGGAGAAAACUGCUGAAGCAGCAUCCCCAGCUAGUUUCUGUCAGAAGCCCAGGGCAUAGUGUUGCCCUUCCCAACAACCCACCUGGUCUUGGGACAGUGAGCUGCAGACAGGGAGAGCUCACGCCUGGCCUGAAGUUUCCCUUGCACUGAAGCCUCUGCAGUCAGUUCUGAUACCUCCUGUGACCUCUACACUGGUUAGGGUCAGGGCUCUAGUAACAGGACAGGUGACUCAGAAUCCUACAACAUGGAGACGCCUUGGCAAAAAUGGCCCAUCAGGUUCAGACCCUCUGAGCAAAAGUUUGAGGGAGAGGGGCCUAUUUUAUCCCCAGAAGGGUUAGGAUCACACAGGGUGUCCCCAAGCCAAGAACAGGGCAGUUCAAAUCCUAUACUACCUGCUUCGAGCAAUGUGGUACAGUUCAGAUCGUGUACCACAUUGCUCAAAGGCAAGUGCCUAUAGAUACAGGCCUGGUUGGUUGAAGUAUAGACUUAGAGCUAUGAAAGAAGGCAAUCUGAGUGAGGGAUUUGUGCUCUAGGAUUUCUCACCUUUCAGACCUUUCUGCAAGGCAUCUUUAGGCCUAUUCCCUUCCUCACACACAGCUUCUCACUGUCUUCAAAUCCCUUAGCUAUUGGGGCAGAUUAUGCUCCUCAGUUUUGGAGACAAAGGCGCCUUGCCCAUGGCAAAUCUAGCCCUGAGACCUGGUGGCAAGGUAGCAAUCACAGGCUAGAACCAAACCCAGGACUUGGGCUGGUGCCCUGUUAGGGGUUUUAGGAUUGGUGAGGGCACCACAGCUAUGCCUGACAUGUACCCCCCCCCCCCCCCUUUCCCUUACUUUCCCUUUACUGAAUGGAGGCCAAGGACUUAUCCAGAUGCCCAGAUGUUGCCUGGCUAUACUGGGCACAAACUGGAUGGUGUGCUGUUUGAGAGGAGAGUAUCAGGAGAUUUCAGUGGAACUCGUAUCUAGGCUAUGUAUUUGAGGGGUGGGGGAGAGGUAGGUGCUUGCCUCUUAAACCACCUUGUAUAAAAUCUGCAAUACAGCUUAUUCCAUGUACCUGUGCCUGAAAUGUCUGCAAUAAAGAGGUCUUUGUAAA